GCACAUCCAAAUUUAAGAAAAUGAAAUCAGUUGUCGUAAUUUGCUUGAUUAUGAGCUUAGUUGCUGAAAGAUCCACAGCCACAUUUGAGGACUGCUAUACAAAGUGCUUUGGAGAGUGUGCUAGCAAAACACCAAUCUUUCUCUUACAGACUUGUGCUGCACAGUGCGUGGCUCAAUGCUUCAUCAAUCCACCUUCCACUAUGGAUUCCAACCAUAUGGACACUCAUUACUUCUGCAAACUUGGUUGUGCCACUUCUAUCUGCACCAACUUCAGUACCAUGGGAGACCCUGCUGGGGACAAAGUAAAAAGCUGUGUGGACUCAUGUGACAAAAAAUGCAUGAAAGAUUAGAAAGCAAAAAAGAUGAAGGGAGAGAGGAGACGGAGCUGGGAUUGGGUUCAAGAUAUAUUAUGAAUAAAUCAAAAAUCAGUGGUCAAAGCAAAACCAUUGGUUUGAAAGUUUAUUCCAGAUUUAAGCAUAAGUUUUGAUAUAUUUAUUCAUUUAGUCUCAAGUUUCUGCAUGUUGUAUGAUCAAUUCAAUAUGUAAGAAACAGUUUUGUUUA